CGCAACUCCAACAGAAACGAUUUUGGCACUUUUCGUGCACGCCGGCGAAUUUUUUCGGCGCAACCUUUCCACAGGUCUCGACUUUCUCUGUGACGUCUAACAAGUCCUUCCCAGCGCUCCUUCUGAGGACAACUCGUCCACUCGAUUAAUGCAGGUCGACGACUUCGCGAAGGUCCCAGAAAUGGAUAGUCGGCUACUUGCUUCUUCACGUGUCGUGUCUGAUUCACAACUCCUGACUGGCGGACACGGCACUAGACUCGAAGACGACAAUCGUGACAAAGUAUGCAACCGCUACAGACAGUCGUCUUCGACACAACGAGUGGAGGCGGGCGAUGUCCUAUCUCUGGCGAUGUCGCAGGCAUCUGUUCGAAAGCUUGCGACCGAGCACCAAAUGUCUUCAAACAGUGUUUUGGAUAAUGACAAGCCAACAGCUGCACAGGCUGCAGCUGGACGGCUGCAGCGGGCUAGCGCCCGUCAGGCUGCGAAAGCUGCCCAACAGCAGAAGCGACACGCCCAUUCAACACCUCGAACAUCUGUAAAAAGGAGCAUUGAGUGCCGUAAGAAAGUUAAACAUGAAAGCACUCUGCACGACGGUGAAACACAGGAAGGCUUCGAGGAAGUUGCUGACUUGGCAGAAGAUAUACAUUCGCCAUACAAAGAAAAACAAGUGAAGGCCGAAAAAACGCCAAAAAAAAUACAGGUUGAGGAUGAAAAAGAGCGCAAACGACUAAAACGUCUCCUUAGGAACCGCGUUUCCGCCCAGCAAGCUAGAGAGCGUAAGAAAGCGUAUAUGUCUUCACUUGAAACUGAAAGGCGUGAUUUGGACGGUAAAUUUGCUGAACUGGAGUCAAAGAUCAAUACUCUCGAGAGAGAGAACUUCAUGUUAAGGCAGGUUGUACAAAAUGCCACACGAGGGCAUAGCAUCGAUGCUGUAAAAGAAAAAAAUGGGAUACUUGGCAGUGCUGAAGAAGCUCGCACCGUGCCCAGCUGAUCAAACAGGCUUGCAUAAAUAAAGAAUCCAGGUUCCGACGAGCUUUGGCGCUCAGAGAACUCUUUCAUAGAUAGAUAUUCUUGAAUCAAUACACAGGUGUGAAAGAUACUGUAAAUUCAAUACACUAAAUAUUUUACUUGGCUUUACAAUCCUGGCUUCGGGAAAAGAAACGGAGGAUUCACUGGGUAUAUCAGAACUGAAUGUAGAGCUCACGGCUGUCAUUCAUUUCUUGAACCAACUCGACUGCCUCAGUCAAGGCUACCUCUCCAAACUUCGUGAUAUAGUUGUUAUUUACACUGAUGCUCUGAAGGGCACCGUUUGCGUUACUUUUUAUCGCUUGGGCCAGUGCGAAUGCACCGUUGUCUUUUAUCUCAUUGUAACCCAGAUCCAGGGAAAUAAGAUUCUCAUUCACGACCUGGAGACUUUGCGCAAGUGCGGUACAGCCUUCG